AUGCCCCUUAUAUUGGUGGUCAUUGGGAAGAAUGUUCCUUACAUUGGUGGUCAGUGGGUAGAAUGUUCUUUACAUUUGUGAUCAGUGGGAAGAAUGUUCCUUACAUUGGUGAUCAGUGGGAAGAAUGUUCCUUACAUUGGUGGUCAGUGGGUAGAAUGUUCUUUACAUUUGUGAUCAGUGGGAAGAAUGUUCCUUACAUUGGUGCUCAGUGGGAAGAAUGUUCCUUACAUUGGUGAUCAGUGGGUAGAAUGUUCUUUACAUUUGUGAUCAGUGGGAAGAAUGUUCUUUACAUUGGUGAUCAGUGGGAAGAAUGUUCUUUACAUUGGUUGUCUGUGGGAAGAAUGUUCAUUAGAUUGGUUGUCUGUGGGACGGAUAUUCCUUACAUUGGUUGUCUGUGGGACAAAUGUUCUUUACAUUGGUGGUCAGUGGGAAGAAUGCUCCCUAAAUUGGUGGUCAGUGGGAAGAAUGUUCAUUAGAUUGGUUGUCUGUGGGACAAAUGCUCCUUACAUUGGUGGUCGGUGGGAAGAAUGUUCCUUACAUUGGUGGUCAGUGGGAAGAAUGCCCCUUCACAUUGGUGGUCUGUGGGAAGAAUGUUUCACUUAAAGA